UGGAAGCUCCCGAGUUUCACUUGGACGCUGCUACCGCUAGCAGGACGUAAUAGCGUUGUUGGGCAUUUUAAUCCACUUGUUGAAGAUUAAAACAACAACGAUGUCUGAAGGGGAUAGUUUGAGAGGACUGAUCACAGAGAGACUAACGGCUGCUGCUGAAGACAUAUUUGAGCUGGUUAAAACUACUAUCGUGGAGUACAAGGAGGAGCUCGAGCGCCAACGGAAACUGCUGGAUAUCUUCUUGAAUCCUUCAGUCUACCUACACAGGAUAGAUGUGCCACAGCAACUUGUGUGUAAGCAGCUCUGUAACCAGGAUAGAAACUCCAGUCCAGACCAAGAGGAGGCAGAGCCUCCACAGAUGAAAGAGGAACCAGAGGAACCCUGCAGCAUUCAGGAUGGAGAGCAGCUUGAACUGAAGGAGGAGACUGACACAUUCAUGACUCCUGCUCAUGAAGAAAGAGACCACAGUGAACCAGAUCUACAUGAACACCAGCUCCUUUCUGACAGUACUCAUGUUGCUCAGGAUCAAGAUCGUGCAGGAAGCAAGGACAAGGACUCAGAAUCAAGUAGAAAUUCAGAGUCAAACAUUCCUGACAAAAUCCACCAAAGCAGUCACAACACUGACGUGUCAGAGAAUCAAUGUAAUCCUCUUCAAGAUAAAGCAUCUUUUAAAUGUGACGUUUGUGAUGAAAGUUUUAAGAACAAGUCAACUUUACAGACACAUCAGCGUGUCCACAGUGGUAAAAAAACACAUUCUUGCGAGAUCUGUGGGAAAAUGUUCUCCUGUAAGUCGAAGCUGACGGCUCAUUUGAGAUGUCACACAGGUGAGAGGCCUUUUUCUUGUACAACAUGCGGCAAAUAUUUCAGACACCAAAAACAUUUGACAGUCCACAUACUUGGACACAAAGGUGAGAGGCCUUUUACUUGUACAACAUGCGGCAAAUCUUUCAGACUACGUAAAGACAUGAAAAUCCACAUGCGUACACACACAGUUGAGAGGCCUUUUACUUGUACAACAUGCGGCAAAUCUUUCAGACUACAUAAAGACAUGAAAAUCCACAUGCGUACACACACAGGUGAGAAGCCUUUUUCCUGCAGCAUGUGUGGAAAAAGAUUCUCUUAUCAAACAAGUCUGAGUUAUCACAACAAAAUUCAUACAGAUGACAGGCCAUCCAGUUGCAAUACAUGUGGCAAAAAUUAUAGAGACAGUAGUGAGCUGAAAAAACAUGUAGAAAGGAUCCACUUAGGUAUGCGGCCUCACUCGUGCAGCACCUGUGGAAAAGGUUUCUAUAAAAAGGCAGAGUUAACAAGGCAUAUGCAAAGUCAUUCAAAUGAGAAGCCAUACUCCUUUGGUACCUGUUGAGCAUCAUACAGAAACAAACACAAUUUGAUUAGGCACGCAGAAUCAGAAAGAUGCUUGAUGAGGGCUAUGGGAAAAUCUCCAGCAGUUUGACUCAGUUAGCAAUCGUGUGUAAAUAUGAAUGCAGCAGGGGUAAAUGUUCAGGAUGGUUUGUAUUAAGGUGUUUGUGGUAACUGCAACUGGAAGCUGCCUGUGUGUUGCUGUAUCUUCAUGUUUUGUGUUUACUUGUGAUAGACGAAGAUUGUUCAAUGCAAACAUUUGCAAGUUCAACGCAUAAGCUUCCCCUGUGAUAAGGACCCCCCAGACCCAUCCCUGUAAUGCUGUAGAACCACGUUGCAGUUGCUAGUCGCAGAGUUAACCCGGAAAAUCACUUUUAACCACUUUUCUCCCUCAUAGGAAAUUCAUCCAUGAAACCAAAAUGCUGGAUUACUGCCAGAUAAAUACACCUAGAGAGUGCUGCUUAUCAUGACCAACACUGAUUGAACGACCCUUAGAGGUGGAAUUAACCAGCUGUUAAAGUUUAACAUACUGGAAAGGUUUGACACACUGCAAGUCUGACAUACUUGGGUUUUUAUGUACAUUUCUGAUUGUUUUUUUAGGACAGGUCUCCAAAACAUGGGACUAAUUUGGCUAAAUAAUUGUCAGAAUUGUUCAUAAGGAAAUAAUA